AUGUACCCCCAAACCAAACCCAAACCAUACCCCGCCGCCGUCGCCAUCAGCAUCACGGUUUCCUUCCACCCGCUGCGAACUGGAGGAGGUACUUCGGCGCAAAAGGGAUCCACUCCGCCCCACCGCUUCUUCCGACCCCGCGCAGCAGCAGGCAACGCCAACGUCCCUCUGACCCUCUCCCCCACGCGAACGCUCCCCACGGAGGGACUCCGUCAUGGCGCAGCAGCAGGCAACGCCAACGUGCCUCUGACCCUCUCCCCCACGCGAACGCUAGGCACCAUCUCGGGAGUGGCACCCCGGGCCCGCCUCGCCACCUACAAAGCCCUCUGGGUCACCCCGGGGGGAGAGGCGGGCGCGUUUCAGUCGGACAUCCGCGCAGCCGUUGAUGCGGCCGUAUCCGACGGUGUGGAUGUGCUCUCGUGCUCGUAUGGCGGCGCCAUCUCACGGUAUUUCAACGACCUGCCGUACCUGCAAGCGCUCAAGGCGGGGGUGUUCAUCGCCUUUGCAGCGGGCAACAGCGGCGCCCCCUCCAAGGGGCAGAUGAUUGGCACUCUCAGCAACACAGCGCCUUUUUACCUCACCGUUGGAGCAAGCACCAUCGGCCGUGACUAUCAGGCCAACCUAACCCUGGGCAACGGAGUGCAGCUCACGGGGCUGGGCUUUGGCAGCGGGGGCAACGCGCGGGACCUGCCUCUCGUGCUCUCCUCUGCUGCUGUUCACCCGCUGGGGACUCUCAGCCUGGCCCGAGAGUGCUUCGCCUCAAGCCUCGACAAGUCCAAGCUCUCAGGCCGAAUGCUCGUGUGCAACCUCAAGACAAGGGACGUGCGGGAGGCAAUGAAAGAUACCACCACGGCUGCGCUCGGCGCCGCUGCCGUGCUGCUGCUCUCCGCCUCCGCUUCCUCCCCGGCGCCCUCCCGCGUACCCUAUACAGACGUCCCCGCUAUUCACUUGAACGCGGAGGAUUCCGGGACUGUUCGGCAGUACCUCAGCAAGGCAACCAACCCCACAGCCUCCCUCUCGCCGCCCUUCACCACGUUCUCAGACGAAGCCCCAUCAGUCGCCUACUUCUCCUCCACGGGCCCGCCUCUCAACCCCGCCUUCCCAGUCACCCCGCGCCUGCUCGCCUCAAACGACAUCUUAAAGCCCGACAUCAUUGGCCCGGGAUUCCAGCUCUGGGCUGCUUCCAGUGGCCUCACACCGUCCUCUUCCUCUGAGCCGCCCAAAUUCGCCUAUCUUUCCGGGACCUCUAUGGCCACACCGCAUCUGGCCGGCAUUGCCGCCCUGAUCAUCCAGAAGAAUCCAAACUGGUCGCCCGCCCAAAUCGCAUCCGCAAUCAUGACCACCGCCUACACCACCAACAAGCUCGGCAACCCCAUCCGCCGAACCACCAGCUCCGGCAAGAAGAGCUCUGGGAAAACGGUCGAAGCUACCCCGUGGGAUAUGGGGUGUUGGGGGAAUCCGGCCGGUGAAAGCGUUCAAUCUCAACCGUCCGUCGAUCUCCAUCUCGCGGCUCUCGAGACCGGUGGUGGUAAGGCGUGUGGUGAAGAAUGUAGACGUGGUGGCAGAGACCUACAGGGCGAUAAUAAGGGGGCCUAG